UACUCGACCGGAAAUGAACUUGGGAAAGAAGAAAGACUUGUUUUCCCUUUGUAAUUUUCCGGUAUAGGCCUAUUAAAACAGGUUUUGAACCUCAUCAAAGAACAACUUAGAAGACAACGGAUCAUUUACUGUAGCAUAACUUUACAAACAAAAUAAUGGAAACUAAUGAUGAUAUAACUUUUCAUCAAUGUACAAUAUGUGACGAAAUGUUUCAACAACUUGAUGAUUUAAAAAGCCACUACAAUGUACAUGUUAAAAAAGAGAAAAUUGAAGUUGUAGAUGAAUAUUGUCAUGUUAAAGAAAAGAAUACUGAUGAUGUAGAUGAAUAUUGUCAUGUUAAAGAUGAGAAAACUGAUGAUGUUAAAACUUUCCAUCAGUGUGUUGUGUGUGAUGAGAUUUUUCAACAACAUGAUGAUUUAAGAAAACACAAUAAAAUACAUGUUAAAGAAGAGGAAACUGAUGAUGUAGAUGAAUAUUGUCAUGUUAAAGAAGAGAAAACUGAUGAUGUAGAUGAAUAUUGUCAUGUUAAAGAAGAGAAAACUGAUGAUAUUGAAACUGUUUAUCAGUGUAAUUUAUGUGAUGAAGAAUUUAAAUUAGAAACUGAUUUAGGAAAACACUGUGAUAUACAUGUUAAAGAAGAGAAAGGACCUAAUAAAUGUGAUGUUUGUGGUAAAUCCUUCACUUUAAACAGUGAUCUAAAGAUUCACAAGAAAACUCAUACUAUUGACAAACCUUAUAAAUGUGAUUAUUGUAGUAAAUCGUUUAGCCAGAAAAGAUAUUUACAGGAACACACCAGAAUUCACACAGGUGAAAAACCUUAUAAUUGUGAUGUUUGUAGUAAAUCAUUUAAUCAGAAAGGUCAUCUGCAGACCCAUUUGAGAAUUCAUACUGGUGAAAAACCUUAUAAUUGUGGUGUUUGUAGUAAAUCAUUUCCUAGAAUUCAUGACUUACAAAAACACAUUAGAACUCAUACCGGCGAGAGACCUUAUAAUUGUGAUGUUUGUGGUAAAUCAUUUACCAGUAGUGGUAAUCAACAGAAACACAUGAGAAUUCACACUGGUAAAAAACCCUAUAAAUGUAAUGUUUGUAGUAAAUCAUUUUCUCAGACUGGUCAUCUACAUGAACACAUGAGAACGCAUACAGGUGAAAAAACUCAUAAAUGUGAUGUUUGUAGUAAAUCAUUUUUUCAGAAAGGGAAUCUUCAGAAACAUGUCAAAACUCAUACUGUAGAAAGACGAUAUAAUUGUGAUGUUUGUAGUAAAUCAUUUUCUAGAGUUCAUAACUUUUCUAGACACAUGAGAACACAUAUUGGCGAGAAAUCAUGUUUGUAGUAAAUCUUUUACUACCUGUACUAGUCUACAGGUACACAUCAAACUUCAUACAGGUAAAAAACCUUAUACCUGUGAUGUUUGUGAUAACUUUUAUUAGAAAGACCUAAUAAAUGUGAUGUUUAGCCAGCGUGGCUCCCAAAUCAUUUACUACCGUUUAGUAUAGGGCUCCGUAUUUCAGGGGGAUCACAUGGCUAUGUGGGUAACACGCUGGCUCGUUAGCCUGGAGGUCGGGUGUUUGAUCCCUACAUUGCUGAGAAAGUUCAUCCAGAUUUUCCGGCGUGAUUUCCCCUUGUCAGUGAUGCAGGUUGGAGGGUCUGACAAGGACAGCUGUCUAGUCGUUCAGAUGGGACGAAAAACCGAGGUCCCUUGUACACAUUGAAGUGCAUGUAAAAGAUCCCUUGACAGUUGGAAUUCGAUAUAAGAGUAGGCCGUAGCGCCGCUGCCCAGGCCAAAUUUCCCUCGUAGCACACUGUAUGACAUAUGCCUGUCUUCAUUAGCCCAGUUUAGGAGCAGAACAGUAGGACGUUAAAUCCCAUUUCAUUUCAUUUCCCGGAUUUCAGUUUGGUAAUUUUAGACAGUUCAUUCCAUUGAUAAUAUAUUCAGGAAUUGUUGUUAUAGUUUUCUGUAUAAAUUAGCCUCAUAAUUUUUGUAUUACUGUAUUAGCUUGAUAACGUUGAGAGAAUACUCUUCGAAACGUUGCCCAAAUAAAUAAG